AUGUGGCAGGAUAGGCGAGUUGGCAAUGAACUUGGCAGUAGGGCGGAGGUGUGUCUUGCAGGCUGCAUCGCCCAAGGCCGUCGCGCCGCACAUUGUAUUACUGACAUCGAUUUAUCGGACGGCGCGCGCCGCCUUCGCCCCAACCCCGCGGCCUCUGCCGUUCAGAGAGAGAAACCUUAUCGUCAGAAAAGAAGUAAGGCUAAUAUAGAAGGCCUGGAUCUAGAAGCACUUAUAAAGUGA